CAUUCAGUUCGCUCGCCAACGCCGUGGAAUCAGCACACGCACCGGAAAAACCUACUCUACCCAGUACGAUCCGCAAUCCUGUCUGAAGAGCCAAAUCCUAAACCAGCGCAAUGGAGUUCAACAAUCGUCUACUGCUUAAAAUCAUUGAGCUGGCCAUUGCCAUCGCCUGCAUCGUGAUGUACGAGGUCGAUGGGGCACUCUCCUCUCGGCCCCUCAUCGUCUGCGGCACCAUUGGCGGCUUCACAAUCAUCUGCGGAGUCCUGCUCAUCGGCCAUGUAAUCAAUUCCCUGGUGGAGAAGCGUCUUAAUGCCUUGAUCUCUCUGAUCGGCUGCGUUCUGUUUGUGGCCUCCGGUGCCCUGGUGAUCGAUGAGUGGCACGAUGCCAUCCUGCAGAAGGACAGGAAGCGCAACGCCAUCGCCGCCGGAUCCCUGAUGAUCAUCAACGGAGCCGUUUUCCUCCUGGACACGCUCUCCAUUUGCCGAACGUAAAGAUCGUCCAGCAGUCGUCCCUCAUAAACAUCCCUAUAUAUGAUAACUUUUUUUUUUGAAACGAAACUCGAAUAUGUAACUCAUGAAGAAUCUUGAGGAAUCUUAAAGAAUCUACCUUAUAUAUAUCGCUAUUUUCUAUGUACUGCAUGCUUUGUAAAUGUUGUGUACCUUUUGCUUGUGAUCUGUCCGAAUCUGUGGCACUGAGAUCCCUCCUCGGAGAGUGUCCGACAUCCAUUAAAUAUAUAUAUACUGCACACACAUGCUGCUAAAAUCACACACAA